UCUAUCUAAAAGAGCCAGGACUCGCCUGAAUUAGAAACCACUAAGGCUUCUCUCUCAAGUCUUGAGUUGCAGGCAAAAGGUUAUAGAGAGAUGGGGAGGGCACCUUGCUGUGAUAAGGCAAAUGUGAAGAAAGGGCCAUGGUCACCUGACGAAGACCUCAAGCUGAAGGAAUACAUAGAAAAAAAUGGCACUGGAGGAAACUGGAUCUCCCUACCUCAAAAAGCAGGUCUGAAGCGCUGUGGUAAGAGUUGCAGACUCAGAUGGCUCAACUACCUGAGACCCAACAUAAAGCAUGGAGAAUUCUCUGAUGAGGAGGACAGGAUCAUCUGUAACCUCUUUGCCAGCAUUGGAAGCAGGUGGUCAGUCAUUGCUGCACAAUUGCCAGGAAGGACAGAUAAUGACAUUAAAAACUACUGGAAUACCAAGCUCAAGAAGAAGCUCUUUGGCAGGCCCCCCACAAAAAACCACCACCCUUUCCCAUCCCCUCUCUCAUCAAACCCUAACUCCAAACCACCAUUUUUGUCUCCCCCUCACCAAAGACCUCAACCCAUUUCUUAUAUUCUCAACUCCUCAUGGAUUUCUUCUUCCUCUUCACCUUCUUCUUCACUGGUACCUGAUAGUGUUGCAGUCUCAGAAUCAGGAGCUUUGAGAGCAACAGAAAGUUACAAGUCUCCAUGGCUUGGAGCCUUUGAAGGCUUAACAACCAGUGGUUGUGAUCAACAAGUGUUUUUUCUUAGGCCUGGUUUUGGGGGCAUGAAUGCUUCAGAGAAAGGUGGGUACUCCUACCCUAAUGGUGGAUUCCUUUCCAAAAAAGGAGACUGGUAUGAAGAUGAGCAGGCAGUCAGCUUUUCAGAUUGUAGCCACCAAAUGGAAAAAGCCCAUUUCAGCAACAACAAUCAUGCUAUCAUUAACACCAAAACCAUGAGUGAUAACAGUCAGCAGAGAGAAUAUGACAUGGCUUUAGGAGAUGUUCCUCUGACUGGGGUGGAUAACCCAUUGUUUUUGCAGCAACAAAGUGCCAUGGAUUACUCAGAAUAUGAGGGUUUCACAGUGUGGGAUGGCCAUUAUUAUCAUGGCAUUAGUAGCAGCAAUGUAAAUCUCUCUCUUACAAACAACCCCAUCAUGAAUUAUAAAUCAGAUCAAUAAAGACUCAUGUACUGAUUUUGCAGAAUUCUAAUGUGAA